AUGGCGGCCUUCCCGAGUCAAGAUAAUAGGUCGCUUAAAAAGCCGCGUUUGGGUCCUCCAGAUGUCUAUCCACAAGAACACAGACAAAAAGAGGAUGAAUUGACUCAUGUCAGUGUGAAGCAAGGGUUCAACAACAUCCCUCACUUCAAUGACGAAUAUGGAUCUGCAAAACAUGUCACAGUGAUGCAAAUGCAAAAUGCCAUUGGCAGCAGUCUAAGUGCAAUCAUAGCUAAGAAGACAGAUCUUAACACACUACAAGAUACUGGGAAAAAGAAACCUAUUAUCAACACAAAGGACAACUUCUGGCCAGUCACAGCAAGGUCAAAGCAGGCCAUAGAGAAUUGGUUCAAAGACUUGGCCGGGAGUAAACCUCUGACACAGAUUGGGAGAAAAGUCCCUGUUUUCAACAAGAGGGAAGAAAUCUUUACCACGCUGUGUGAAUACAAUGUUCCUUUAAUCCGGGCUGCGUGGUUCCUGAAGAUGAACAACGCCUAUACUGUAGCCAUGAAUGAAUCCAAGACCAAGUCCAAGAAACAGAACAUAGACCCUUCUAGUGGUAAGAAACAGAACAUAGACCCUUCUAGUGGUAAGAAACAGAACAUAGACCCUUCUAGUGGUAAGAAACAGAACAUAGACCCUUCUAGUGACUGGACCAUCACAAUCUACAGGUUCCUUAAAGAACACUUAAGUAAGAUCAUAGAGCACUAUCACGGUGGCUCCUCGGGUCCACAGACCAGCUUCCUGACUGCCACCCAGACCUCUCAUGUAGACAUUGAUCUGGCUUUAAAACAAUGGCAGUAUACCACCAGACUGGCCAGACAUAUGUAUGAGGAGGGUUUGCUGGACAGACAUGAGUUUCUGAUUUGGUUGGUAGACACCGUGGAUAAACUAAAGUCUCCGGAUGACAAUGUCCUGAAAUUACUGCUGAUGCAGGUGCUGCAGUAUGUAGAUGAGAUUACGUGUGCCCAGAGUAUCUCCAGAAAGCUGGCCCACUUCUGUUGUAAAAAGUUGGCCCUGAUGUGCAAUGAGACAGGUUACUCCACGCCACGCUCUCAGUCGCCGCUGGUCACAGCUAACGCUAACGGACAACUUACUACCACCAGUGCUCCUCAGCCCAACCCAGUCCUUGGGGCUUUUGGGGAGUACACCAGCUGUUCUCAGCACCGAGGACUUCUUCUGGGGCUGUCCGCAGUGCUGCAGACUAUCGUACUGAAGUGUCCCAGUGCUGUGGUAUGGAAUAAUCUAGGCGAGGGGAAGAGUGCCAGCGUCCUGUGUGGGUCACCCCUGGAUCUACUGCCAUGUGCACCUUCCAGUUUACCUAUGCCACCUGGACCUAAUAAUGCCGAGCUGCGAGCUCUGAUCAGGUCAGCUGAGCACCAGAUCAAACUGCGCGGUCAAGCUGCUGAAGUACGUUGGUCCUCAGACAAGUGCCAGCAGUCAACAAUAGGCUUCACUAUUAGUCGAAUCCUGGGAGCUCUUGAGUCACUGGACAGACAGAAUUUUGAGCGCGUGGAGCAGACGGCAUCCCUGGAUACAUUGUAUAACAAGAUAUUUGCUGCAGGGCAGAGCAAGGAUCAGGAGCCGGUGUCGACAGAUGAGGCCACCGUGAACUUGUUGUGUGAGUGGGCCGUCAGUGUGAAACGCUCCGGGUGUCACAGGGCUAUUGUUGUCGCUAAGUUGUUGGAGAGACGACAAAAUGAACUGACUUCAGAGCUUCAGGAGUCUGAAAUCUUGGAUGAGAAGGACUCCCUGGGCUCAGAAGCAAUGGCCCCCAGUGGUCUACCUAUCUUCCAGAAUCUUCUGAUCCAGUAUCUAGAUCACAGGGCACCUGUUCUGGAUGAGAGUCCAUCUGCUGAAAACAGGACUGCUUUCUCCAAUCUCAUUUCCCUGUUCUGCGAGCUCAUCCGCCAUGAUGUUUUCUCCCAUGAUGCCUACAUGUGUACGUUAAUCUCAAGAGGAGAUUUAGAAGCAUCACCUCCCAUGCACACUGCCCCUGGUGACAGCCUUGGGGAGCUGGCCAGUGUGAAGAGUGAAAACCCCAGUGUGAAACCAGAGGCCGCACAAGAAGAACAAAAGAUGGAUGUAGACACAGAUACCUUCGACCCAGAUUAUGACAUUUUUGCCUUCAGAGAUGAUCCUAAGAGUCCAGAUAUGAAUGUGGACCACUCAACCCAGAUGCUCUGGGAGUUGCAAGAACAUCUUGGAAAGAUCAGCCCUGUAGGGGGCGCCAUAGGUAUAAGAAUUGGUCUCGUCUUGUCAGCAAACUUUGAAUUAGUCACAUCUUGCUGCCUUGGCUAUCUUGAGUGUUUGGGGAUAGAAUCUAUCAAAGUCAUCAGUUUGCACUCAAGUUGGCUAAGACAGCAGGACGUGAUCUGCACUUUUUCCUUCAAGUUAACAACCAUGCAUGGCUAG